AAUUUCUGAGAGUUUGCUUUUGUCAUUGAUGAGAUAAAGAUGAAAUUCUGUGACGCUUGAGCAAGGUGUGCUGUGUUCUCAAAGCAAGAAGAAGUGGCCCACAAAGUCCCGCUCUUUGCAAGCUGAUUUGAGCUGUCAUAUACCUACUCUAAUCAACUCUGUUUUGUGAAGCACGAUCUAAAAUGAAUGUUGAAAUAUACGAGUAGAAAUUUUCACUCCCUCCCCUUCACAAAUCGUGACUGUUCCGUUAACAGCGAACCAUCACAGACACUAUAAUAUUUUCUCAGUUACAAUUGAAGAAAGCAAAUCAACCGUGUUCCACAUUUUAAUCCCACAAAGAUGGUGCUAACAGUUUUCUUUCUUUAGCUUACUUUAUCGUCAUCAUCUCAAGCAUCAAUUGAAAUUGAUUCAUUUCACGAAGGUAUUGAUUUCUAUUCAACAAUAACUCGUGCUCAUUUUGAAGAAAUUAAUGAUCAUUUAUUUCGUUCCACACUUGAAUCUGUUGAAAAGGCUUUACAUGAUGCUAAAAUGGACAAAUCAAAUAUACAUGAAAUUGUGUUAAUUGGUGGUUCAACACGUAUUCCAAAAGUACAAAAACUUCUACAAGAUUUCUUUAAUGGUAAAGAAUUAAAUAAAUCAAUUAAUCCAGAUGAAGCUGUUGCUUAUGGUGCUGCUGUACAAGCAGCUAUAUUAACAGGUGAUAAGUCUGAAGAUGUUAAAGACAUACUUUUACUUGAUGUUGCACCACUUUCAUUGGGUAUUGAAACUGCUGGUGGUGUAAUGACAGUCGUAAUUAAACGUAAUACAACAAUUGCAACAAAACAGACACAAACAUUUACAAUUUCUUCAUAUGAUCAAUCUGGUGGUACUGUGGCAGAAUUAGUUAUCUUCGAUAGAGAAGAUUCAACUAAACAAACAGAAACCCUGACAACUUCUUCAAAUACACAAUUUAGUGUUGAUGUUAAAGUAUUUGAAGGUGAAAAUUCAUUGACAAGAGAUAAUUAUUUACUUGGUUAUUUCACACUUUCUG